GCCCAUAACGAAUAUUUCAGUAGCGUAUAUUACCGAGCCGCCGUUAAAUCGGAUUAGGGUUUCACUCACGCAGCGGCUGCCUCAUCUUCUAGCUCUCCAAUUAACAAGCCGUAGCAGCUCUCAAAGCUUCAUUCACUAGCUAUGGGGAAGACGAGGGGUAUGGGAGCUGGGCGCAAGCUCAAAUCUCAUCGUCGUAGACAAAGGUGGGCUGAUAAGUCAUAUAAGAAGUCGCAUCUUGGUAAUGAAUGGAAGAAGCCGUUUGCCGGGUCUUCUCAUGCUAAAGGCAUAGUUCUGGAGAAAAUCGGAAUUGAAGCUAAGCAGCCGAAUUCUGCUAUCCGUAAGUGUGCCAGGGUGCAGCUCAUUAAGAAUGGAAAGAAGAUUGCUGCUUUUGUCCCCAAUGAUGGUUGCUUAAAUUACAUUGAAGAGAAUGACGAAGUUCUGAUUGCUGGAUUUGGACGAAAGGGGCAUGCCGUGGGAGAUAUUCCUGGUGUUAGGUUCAAGGUUGUGAAGGUAUCAGGUGUCUCUCUCCUGGCUCUCUUUAAGGAGAAGAAGGAGAAGCCUAGGUCUUAGAAAGACUAUUGGAGGAGCUCAGCUUCCUUUUUUUACUAGUUCUUUUGAAAAACUUCAAUGGUUCUGUAGACUGUUCGAGUGGAUUUUGUGGACAACCAUGGUUCCUUUUUUCGGAGUAAUUGUACUAGAACUUGGCGUACCAUCAAUACUAUAUUUUUGCUGAUAUAGCUAUUAUCUUA